AUGGGCCGCUUGACUUGGUUUGGCUCAGCUGCCCGUUUCCAGAUGGCCUCCACUCCGCCAGCAAUCCCUUCUGCCACCUGGGAUGCUGUCCUUGAGUGGGAUUGGCCCGCUUUCUUCAGCCCGGUGGUUUCUCCCGGUCCCAUCAUCCGCCGCAUCCCUCCUCGCAUUCGCCUUCUUGUGCUUGACGCCAUGCUUAUCCCCCUUCGUCGGCUUGCACAGCAUCCCUCUGACACUGCUGCGCAUCUUAUCCUGCUUGCGUUUCCGCGCCUCGUCCUCCGCCUAACUGCAGCUACCCCUUCGCAAUCGCUUACCGCAGCAUGUGCCCUUCUUGCUCAGCGCUUCAUCAGUGGGGACUGGCAUGCGCUUUUCCUUGAAGCCUCUGCCGCUGCCACCCCUGCUGCUCGCCCUCUCAACCUUGCUUCAGCACGCUCCACAGCCACGCAGGCUCGCCUCCAUCGUGCCGCGCGAUUUGCUAAGUGCGGCGACUGGUCUCGCUCCCUGGCAGCAUUGGAAGCCGGCGAGUUCGCACCCCCCUCCUCGGAAACCAUCUCCUCUCUCUCUUCCAAGCAUCCACCAGCUCCGCAGCCUCUUCCUCAUUGGAUAUCCACCUUCACCCCAGACUCUUACCCACAGCUUUCAGCCCCGCUCCUCCACCUGGCUCUUCGAUCAGCCCCACGGGGUACCGCGGCUGGCCCUUCGGGUUGCCUCUUCUACUCCUCCCCGUCUCCCCUUCACUACCGCAACGGCCCCACCCUCCAUACAUUCGAGUCCGCCUCGGGUGUGCGCCAGGGGGACCCCUGCGGUCCCUUUCUCUACGCCCUCACCCAGCAGCUUGCCAUUCUUCCCACACAAAACCAGUUCCCAUCCAUCUUCAUCUCCUCUUAUGCUGACGACACCUUCCUCGUUGGCCCUCCUUCAAUCAUCACCACUGCCUUCACAGCCCUGACCGACCGCCUUCAUUCCUUGGGCCUUACAGUCCAACCCUCGAAGUGUUCCAUCUGGUGCCCUCUUGACUGGCCUCAGGGCUGCGCAACUCCUUCGGGUGUACCUAUCGCUCCCAACGGCCUCAACGUUGCGGGGGUCCCGAUUGGCUCGGACGGCUACAUCAUCUCCACAGUACAGGAGAAGCUCGCCUCAUUUACUACCUCUCUUCCUCUUCUUCACCAGCUUCAUGACCCUCAGACUGCCUCCCGCAUCCUCUCCCAGUGCGUCUCAGCCCGUCCUUCCUUCCUCCUCCGGACUGUAUCGCCAUUCCCAGAGAUUCAUGACCUCUUCAGCUCUUGGGAUUCUACCCUCUUGGACCAUUUCACCCAGCUUUUUGGCCCCGGUUAUUGGAUCCUAGACACGGAACAGACAAAAACAGCGCAGCAGCAAGUCUUUCUUCCAAUUCGCCUUGGGGGCUUUGGCCUUCGUUCCUCCGCCUCUACAGCACCUCUUAGUUACCUCUGCAGUUGGGCCCAGUCGCUUCCACUACUGUCCACUCACUUCAUCACUGACGGCUCACCACUUUUCCGCCCCUUUCUCUCAUCUGACACCAUUCAUCGCCUCGACGAGUUCAUUCCAGCUGCUACUGCCAUGCUCCCAAAAGAAGUUCGUGACCGUUUCCCUUCCUGGUCCCACCUCCUACCCGGCUAUCCCCCCAAACUCUUCACUCAUCUCUCACAGCAGCUUGAGGCUUCUUUGCUCGAAAAAGUCCGCUCGUCUGUCACUUCCCCACUUCGCCUGGCCCGUUUAACCUCCCUGCAGGGCCCGCAUGCGGGGGAUUGGCUUACUGCGGCUCCUUCUUCGCCUCAGUUGCAGCUCACUGAAUCCGAAUGGCGCAUCGCUGCUGCUAUCCGCCUUGGCCUCCCCAUUCCUCACCUUAGCUCCGCUGAAACUUGCGCCUGUGGACAUCCUUUCUCUGACUCCUCCCUCCCAUCCCAUGCCCUACGCUGCCCCAAGAACAACGAGCCUACCAGAGUGCAUGACGCCAUCAAACACGAACUGCACCGCAUUAUCUUGGAGCUUGGUCUCGUGUCGCAGUUGGAAGACCACCACCUCCUUCCAGGCCGCCGACCUGACAUCACCUGCAGGGACCUCCAAUCCGGCACCACCUUGGCUUUGGACGUUUCGGUAGCCGACUCGCAGCACGGCUUCCCCCACUCCAAUGCUGCCACCGUCAUUGGGUCAGCCGCAGCUACACGCGAGACUGAGAAGGCAACUCUGUACGCACCAUCCCUGCACGCCCGUCCCGACGUCAAGUUACUUCCACUGGCGCUUGAGACUUUCGGGGUAGCAUGGGUUCCGGAACGCAACGUGCAGAAGAAAGAAACGGAGCUGGGCACCAAGUCGAGGCCGUUUGCCAACAUCUCAGGAGUGUGCCGGCGCUGCAGCGAGCAGAUCGCAUGGCGCCGCAAGUACGGCAAGUACAAGCCUCUCACCGAGCCUGCCAAGUGCCAAGCAUGUGGCAAGAGGAAUGUGAAAGACGCAUACCACGCCAUCUGCAGAGCAUGUGCGCAGGAGAAAGGGUUGUGUGCCAAGUGCCGGCAGCCCACCAAAGAGAUCGUGCAAGAUGGAGCAGCAGUGCGGGAGAAUGAGAUGAAGCAACUCGAGGAGGCCCUCGGGAGGCUGAGGGAGAGGGAGAGGCGAAGCUUGCUGCGUGCGAUGGAGAAGGGCAAUGCAGGGGCGGCAAACAGCGUGGCAAAGAAAGCAGCGAAGAAAGCAGCAGAGGGAGACAAUAGUGAGGAGGAUGAGGAUGAUGAUGAGGAAGAUGAGUGGGAGGAAGAUGAGGGGGAGGAUGAAGGAGAGAAGGAUGAGAACGAGGGGGAGAAGGAUGAGGAGGGAGAGGAGGAUGGGGAGGAUGGGGAUGGGGAUGGGGGAGAGGCGGGGCAGGAGGAUGAGGAUGAGGAUGAUGAUUGCAAGGAUGCAAGCAAAGGUGUUGGAACAGCGGACGGUGCUGAGACUAAGAAAGACGACAACACAUGA